AACUAUUAUGGAUCUGCACGCCAAAUUCUCAGUGACAAUCCUCUCGGUUUGACAUGUGGAAUGAUUUGCCCGACAUCGGAUCUUUGUGUCGGUGGAUGCAAUCUACAGGCCAGUGAAGAAGGUGCCAUCAACAUUGGAGGUCUCCAGCAAUUCGCUUGUUGUGGUCCGGCAUCAAUCUCAUGCGCUUCAUUUCUGGCCCGACUUGGUUACACAGAUGUGACAAUUUACGAGAAACAAAAGUAUAUUGGAGGGCUGAGUUCGUCAGAAAUACCACAAUUCCGUUUACCGUACUCAGUGGUCGAUUUCGAGAUUCAGUUAGCGCGAGAUAUUGGAGUGAAAAUUGAGACUGGACGGGCACUUCACAAGUCAGACCUUACUAUUGAAAAACUGAAGGCUUCGGGAACGAAAGCAGUGUUCAUCGGUAUCGGUAUGCCUGAACCGAAGAAAAUUGGUGUUUUCAAAGGAUUAACUCAAAGUCAAGGAUUUUUCACCAGCAAAGAUUUCCUGCCCAUGGUUGCAGCGGCCAGUAAACCGGGUAUUGUUACAUUUCCUGUCACCACUACAUAG